AUGACGUAACAAUCACGAUGCCCAUCCCAGCUCCCAUUUAAUACUGCGAGUCUGCGUGUUUGAGCACACCGUUGCAUCACAAAAUUUCCAUUCACGCUCAGCAACUCCACAAAAUGCUACGAACAACCGCAUCACGAAGCUUGCGCCCAUUGCGCCCUCUCGCAUACCAGUACUCCUACAGUACAAGGCCCACAACUACCACAGCCAACGCCAACGCCGACCGUCUCAACCCAAAGUCCGCCGCCGCCGCUCCCAGCACCCGUGCAGAGGACGUUAGCACCUCGCAAGUCUCGGCGCACCUGGGGCGUGCACAGUCGCAGUCGCACACGUCGCAGCCCGUGACACAGUCGGAACGUGACGAUGCGGUGCUGAUGGCAAAGCUCGAGGAGAUGGUUGCCGGAGAUGGAGGCGCCAGCGGCGUCGAGUAUGAAGACGGCAAUCCGGCGGAUAUGAAGCGGGCGGUUAGGAGUAAUAUGUUCAGAGUUAUCUGAUGAAUGAAGGUGAAUGAAGGGGACGAGAGUGUAUGUACAUAUGAUGGUAUUUUGAGUGGGGUUUUCCAUGUGGUAUCUCGCUUAGCGGGUCACGCUGCUGCUGCUGCUUUCACAUGCAAAGAAUGCCGAGGGAAGCCGCCCCCAGACAUC